ACUGCAGGGUUAGGGUGGUCUUUAGGUCUGUCAGUAGCAAAGCGGCGGCCUCAUCAUACGGAGCUGCUGGGCUGACCAGCUAGGCCGAAAGUCACUUAAAGACGCGUACCACACCUUGUAAUAUAACACCCCCCAAAAAAAAAAAAAAAUAACCGCUACACACACUCACGCCAUCUACACACAGCCUCCCCCCGCACACACAUACAUACAUACAGACAUACAUACACAUGACACACGACAUUCAAGAUACACGAAUACACAUACAAUUACGUGUGCACCUUCAAGGACCUAAGCGAGGCAAAGGCGCGAUUAUACGCUGACCGACCGUCGAAAGAAAAAGACACUUCGCGAGAUAAACCAAAAGAACAAUACAAUUGUUUUUGUGUUCUUUUUUUGUUUUUUAACAAAAGACAGUGUUGGAUUUUUUAAAAAUUUUUUUUUGCAAAAUAUUUUUUUUCAUUGUGGAAGUUAUAUGUAAAAAAAAAAAAAAACGCGAGUGAAUAUAAUUAAGAGUGAGAUUUUGACAAAAAUGGAUAUUUUCACAGUGCUUUUAGAUUGAAAAUUUUUUUUUCUCAAUUUACUGAAUCAGUGGAUUUUUGUAUUUUUUUUUUUUUUUUUUUUAAAUACUUAUGACUGUCCAUCACUUAUGAUUUUGUUUUAUAAGUGUUCCCCACGUGUUUUUUUUCUGUCUGAUAUAUAUACACACGGAUAAAAGGCACAGUGAGCAAAAAAGAUUGAAAAAUGACGCCGUAACGGAGAGUCGGCUGGUGCAAGAACCAGAUAAGAGAGCAUCCGGCACCGUCAACAAACACCACGACAACACAAUCAUCACGGAAAAUAAAAAAGAGUGGAUAAUCGAGCCGAGGGAGCGAGGGGCAGUUAGCCCUUUGGCGAACUCGAAGGAUGCAGCUCCCAGGGGGGAGCACGAGGAUUCCGCCAGCGUGCGUUCCAAUUCUCGCAAAAAUCACCAGCAUAAUAAUUGACAAAUACAAUCACAAAAGUAAAUCGAGAAUUAGUAAAAGUAGAUAUCGUCGUGGCAGGGGCAUAGAGUGUUGCACUAGCCUCGACCACAAGCCGAUUCCAUUGAAAAAACGUCGCGGUUUCGACUCGAGUACAAUCCGUCGACACCGAGAUACACGGCGGAAGGUGUGGGACAAGGAAUAGUGAAAAGAUUAGGAAGGCGGAGAAGAGUAAGAAACGAGAUAAAAGGGAAGAGAAAGAAGGAAGAAAGGACGAGGGUAGAUAAGAAAUUGAGAAAGAGUGUUGUCGUCAUAGAGGGCGACGGAAGAAUUAGGAAGAAGAAGAAAAAGAAGAAGAAGAAGAAGGAAGAGGAGGAGGAGGAGGAAGAAUCAGGGAAAAGGGUGAAGGAGAAAAAUCAACAACGGUUGGCGAAGGAGAAGGAAAAGUGGAAAGGGAGCUUGAGAGUGGCUGAAAAGUGGGGAGAAAGAAACGAGGAGGCAGCAGCUGCAAAGGUGGUAGGGGUAGAAAUAUCGUGUAGAAGCAUCGACAGUAGUAAAGGCAGCGCUCCGUGUUACGAGGGGCUAUUCAAGCGUGAGGGGGAGGGGUGACAAGAAGCCCUGGCGGGGAGGGGAAACGGAGGCCUUCGGGGGGCCGACCAACCAGACGGCUGAUGAUGUCAUCGGAGGAGGAGACCGAGUGUUUCGCCCUCUACGGAGCAACCACGGACAGUAAGCAACAGCAACUCUUGAAGAAGCAGAAGCGCACCAGACAGCGCGUGGACGCCGGCGAGCCGCGUAACAGCUACUCGAGUAUACCGAACUUCACGUCGCGACCUUCAUUUCCCGGCGGUGCAUUUUACGGUGCGAUAUUCAGUGGUAACGGUGUGCCACACCAAAACACUCAACCGCAUCAACAACAACAACAUCUACAACAACAACAACAACAGCAGCAACUCCAGCAACAGUCUGGAGUGCCUAGAAGUCAAGGUCAUCUCGGUGCUACAACGACGGGUCCCACGGCAGCCCAGCAGCAUUCUGCCCAUCCGGCCUUCGGGUUUUUUGGGGCAACGGGCUUCGGCCCUCCCAAGAUGCUUAACGAACUCCUAGGCCGUCAGGUCAAGCAGGCCAGCGACGCCGGAGGAUCGCCACUUGAAGCCAGCCACGGAAUGACUGGCGCUGGCAUGGACUCUGCCACCAAUUUGCAACAAGGGGCAGUUGUCAAUUGUGAUGAACUAAGUACGGCGGAAUUAGCGCCUCACAUGUUACGCAACUUACUCCAAACGCACAAGCUCAAUGCCCUCUCUGCGCAGGAUCAACCCACCAACAACAAUAGUAUUCACAAUAAUAACAAUAACAAUACAACCACGGAUCUACUUAAAUCCCAACAGCAUCAACAACACAGUCCUCAUCAUCAACAUAAUAGUGAGAGUGCGCGCAGUGGAACAGUGCAGAGUGGCGGCGAAGAAAGUGUUGAUGGUAAUGUGAAUAAUACGAACCAUAGUGAUCGCGAUAGCGUAAUGCCAGGUGAUGCCGAAGAUAGUGCCGAAGAUGUUGCUUCAGCACAACGCGCAAUGGAUGAGGCAUUAGCCGAAGCUGGCAUGGAGCCUGGUGCAAAUUUAGAUGGUUCUGAUUGUGAGCAAAGCCUUCCCUCCAGUCCCUCAGUUCCACAAUCGGUAUCAAUUUCCGUCAAGGAGGAGAUGCAAGAUCUCAAACGUAGCCCCAGUAAUUCACCCUGUCCAAUACUUCCAAAAACUGAGACAAAUUCACCAACGACUGAAAUAAAACGUGCACGAGUUGAAAAUAUUGUCAGCUCAAUGAGAAGCAGUCCAGCAUUACAACCAGUCACUGUCAACGGCUGUAAAAAACGAAAACUUUAUCAACCUCAACAACAAACGGUUCACCAUGUUCUCCAACAUAGCGUUACUGACACAAUGAUGGAUUACGAGGAGGACAGCGAGGACGAAGAGGAUACACAUCCUUUUAGACAAAAACGUGAUAAACUAAAGAUCCAGUUGCAGGGUCUUCAAGAACAAUUAGCUGAAAUGCAACAAAAGUACAACGAGCUCUCCAGCAAAGUGGAUGGGGAAGCGAACGAUAGCGGAGACGCGCCACCUAGUCCACAACUUCCACCUCAGCCCCCACCGCGACCACCGCGACCUCAUCCACCUCCGUACAAUGGCAUUGCAAAUUUGACACCCGAUCAUACGCACGUUGCCGCGGCAGCCGUCUAUCAUAAAUUAUAUCUCGAGCAACAACAACAACAGCAACAGGCUGUCCUUGAAAGAAUGAAACAACAUCAGGAGGCCGCCAGGCAGCAACAUCAACAAAAUUCACCCCAAUUGUCAACACCAUCACAACAGCCAAGUCAAAAUAGUACAGCGCCACCAACUCCACAAACACCCCAAUUGCAAUCAUCAAAUACACCUUUGCUUCACAAAGACUAUAAAGAUUUUCAAGAGAGAUUAACAGUCUUCCGAGGUGCAACACAAAGUUCCGGUUCCUCUGCAACUCAUAUUACCGGCGAUGAUCUCGAGGGUUUUGCCGAUACGCUGAAAAAAGAAAUUAGCACAUCAUUGUCAUCAUUGAUCGAUAGUGUAUUAGCGAGGUACGCACCUCAAAGACGACUUAUGAAUAAACAAAAUGAAGCAGUGCAAUCGGCAACUGAACAAUUUAGCAAGGACAUAUUGGCAAGUCAAGUUCUCGAGAGAAAAUCACCGAGAACGAAGGUAGUUGAUCGAGGAGCACCACAAACACCGGGUGGCCCAAACGGGCUACGGGGGCCCUUAAACGGUGGGCCCCCGCCUCCACAAUCUACGGGGUUUCCCCAACUAGGUCCCAUGGGUGGUGGUCCCCAUGGUCCACUCUCUGGUCCCACCGAAAAUAACCUCAAUCAAAUUAAUCAACUGCCACCGCACGUUAGGCCAAGCGUUGGAAUGUUUCAAACUCCGAAACCAUCCUCGAUAUAUGCAAUGGCCUCGAUGCACGCGCAGCAACAACAACAACAACAACAACAGCAGCAACAACAACAACAACAACAAAGAGAUCAACAACGAGAUCAACGUGAACAAUAUUGCAAUUUGAGAAAUGAUGACAGGGAGAGCAGGGAUUCAGAGCAGAAUGAGGCCCUUUCGCUUGUCAUGACGCCAAAGAAAAAACGCCAUAAGUUGUUUUCUCAGGUGACCGAUACAAGGAUUACUCCAAGAACAGUAUCAAGAAUAUUAGCGCAAGAGGGUUCAGUGUCACAGGGAGGAAGUGAUAGUCCACCACCACCUCCACCUCCUAGACCUUAUCAUACACCAAUGCUGCCAGUAUCUCUGCCAACAAGUGUAGCGAUACCAAAUCCAAGCCUCCAUGAGAGUCAAGUAUUCUCACCUUAUUCGCCGUUCUUUAAUCCUCAUCCGGGACAUCCGGGUCAGGUACCACCACCAGGGCCUCAUCAUCUUCCGGCAAGUCCACCCGGCAGUGGUAUUGAACUCAGGGAUUCACCUCCACUGCCUCAUCCCCCGGCAAUGUUGCAUCCUGCCCUUCUAGCGGCAGCGCAACACGGCAGUCCAGAUUAUGGACAUUUAAGGAUGGACAGCACCGACCGAGGUAGCGAUUGCAACUCCGGUGAUAUCAGUUACGAUGGAGUUCAGCCUACAUCGUCGACGUUGACGCCAAUGCAUCUCAGGAAGGCGAAGCUGAUGUUCUUCUGGGUGAGGUAUCCGUCCUCAGCUGUCCUCAAGAUGUACUUCCCCGACAUCAAAUUCAACAAAAAUAACACCGCACAGCUGGUCAAGUGGUUUUCCAACUUUCGAGAGUUCUACUACAUUCAGAUGGAAAAAUACGCGAGACAAGCUGUAUCGGAGGGUGUCAAGAAUUCUGAUGAUCUUCGAGUUGGAGGUGAUUCGGAAAUCUAUCGAGUUCUCAAUCUUCACUACAACCGCAACAACCACAUUGAGGUAUGGGGUCCCCAGGUGCCUGGCAAUUUUAGGUACGUUGUGGAGCAAACUUUGAAAGAAUUUUUCAAAGCUAUUCAAGGUGGUAAGGACACGGAGCAAUCAUGGAAGAAAUCAAUCUAUAAAGUGAUCUCAAGGCUAGACGAUCCGGUACCAGAGUACUUUAAAAGUCCAAAUUUCCUGGAACAAUUGGAAUAGAUUCUCUGCACAUCAUAAAUUAGCAGAGCAUCGAGUGUGAUUGCUUGAUGAUCGGCAGAGGUAUAGAGAAAAAAAAAAAAAAAAAAAAACUGACAACGACGGCUGAGAAGGAUUUUAAUCUCGUGAUUGACCGUCGAUGGAAGCGCAUCAGGUAUCCUUAGUAACAUAUCGAAACUGAGCGAGAGGAAAAACGAAAGCAAAAAAAAAAAAAAAAAAACCACCGAGAGAUCAUCAUUUUUAAAAAAUUUUAAAAAUAAAAUAAAAUCUUCGUCGACAUAUGAAGAUUUUUACAUCGGAUAUAAUCCGAUCCGUACUUCGAUGUACAAAAUAAGAAAAAUCUUUGUUGGGUGAUAGGAAAUAAAUCUCGAAUAAUGUGAAAUUUGGGCGAGAUGACAAUUUUCAUUAAUUGACAAAAAUCCGGAUGAGAAGGUCGAUUCGCGCACAAUUUUAUUGUUUAUAAAUUGACUUUUUCAAUCGAAGCAUUUUUUUUUUUUUAUACGAAAAUUGUAUUUUAAUUUAAAAAAAAAAAAAAUGAAAGGGCUUUGUAAAUUAUUAAUUCUUGCACUUUAAUACACGAAACUAUCCUAGUUGAGUUGUCGAGAUAAAAAUUCUUUUUUUUCGAUGAAGUUCAAAGAACUUAAAUUAAUUAUCAAAAUUAUUAAUAUGAAAAAUAAAAUUCAAUGGAACGAUGUGGAAUAAAUCGCCAAGCGCUUAAUUCCAUGUCGUUACCCAAUAAAAAAAAAAAAAAAAAAAUUCGCUAUCGACAUACUCUUCUGGUACAAUUUCGUGAUUGUGAUACUCGUCACGUGCUGUGAAGAAUUGUUUUUUUUUUCUUUUUUUUUUUUAGAACAAAAAUCGAGAGUUAAAAAAAAAAAAAUAAAAAAAAAAUGAAAAACGUCUAAAAGAUGCAAUCUCUUAUCUUGGGAGAAAUUUUUGCAAUACGUGACGAGCACCAUUUCGGCCUUGGAGAUGACUCGAUGACGAGAACUCCAAAAUGGCAUUUCUGCAAACGCAAAUAUAAAAAAAAGGGCAGAUUUUUUUUUUUAGAAAAGGUAUUUAAAUACCAAAUUUUGAACUUUCGGGUUCUUUAAAAUUGUAUAUAAAAUUGUAUUGUAUAGGCCACAGAGCAAAGUACGAUCGACGUGACGCAACUUAUUAUUAUUUUUUCGUGCAACAGAAUGGAUGCGAGUUGGAAAAAUAGAGAGAAUGGAUGACGAGGGCUUUUCACGAAGGGCAAAUUAAAAGAAAAAAAAAAUACGAAAACUUCGCGAAAAGAUUUCGUUAAGGAAAGUGGAUAGUUUUUUUUUCUCAAUUUCUCAGCAAAUUUAAAAUACGUACAAUUUUUUUUAAUGCUAUUGGACCAAAAAUGCAUUAAUGCUAGGAUAGAUACAGAUUGUUCCAAAAAAAAAAAAAUAAUUUUUGAUAAUCUGUGUUUCAGCGGAGAUUUAAUAUCAGAACGAUGGAUUUUUUUUUUCUUAUUUUUCGUUAAUUUUAUAGUUUUAGUAAAUUAGUUUUACAUUCGACAAGUCUAAUUUUACCUAAAUACAAUAAAAAUUAGUCGUCAUUAACACAAUUUUGAAAACAAAAUUCAUGGGUGUUUAAACAAAUUUUAUGUUACAACAAUUUAAACAAAAAAUUUAUCCGUAACAACUUCAAACAAGUUGGUCCAUUAUUUUUGAAUUAUAUCCUUACAGUGAAAUGUUUCCUUGAAUCAAAAAAGUAUUUCUUUGCUAUAGGAUUUAUCUUUAAUUUAGGAAAAAAAUUUUAUUUUGAUUUACAAAGAAUUUUUUUUUUUUUUAUUCUAAAUAAAUAUACAGUGGAAAAAAAUUUAUUUAAUUUCAAAUAAUCGGUUACUUUAUUAUCAAAUAAAUUUUUUUUCACUGUAAUAAAUUAAAUAAAUUUUGAAUUAAAUAAAUUUAAAUUACAUAAAUUUUGAAUUAAGUAAAUUUAAAUUAAAUAAAUUUUGAAUUAAAUAAAUUUUGAAUUAAAUAAAUUUAAAUUAAAUAAAUUUAAUUUAAAUAAAUUUAAAAUAAAUAAAAUUAAAUCAAAUAAAUUUUUUUUCUGUUAAAUUAAAAAAAAAGGUUUCUUUGCUUCUGUAUUAAAGAAAAAAUUUUUUCAAUUCAAAGAAACAUUUUUCGUAUGGGAGACAAUAAAUUUCGAAAAAAAAAUUAAAGAAAAUACAUUGAAUAAAAAAAUUUUUAUUUAAAGUAGCAAACUUUGAAUGAAAAUUUCGAACUUUAAAACACAACUCUAAAAUAUCAAUUUUCAAUAUUUGGAACUAAUUUGAGAAUUUUAAAGUUCGAAACCAAACGGAAUUAAAGUUUGUAACUUUAACAGGGGGGGGGAAACAUAAAAAAACAUACGUUCUUCCGCGAGGCAUUAAUGAUAAUUAAAUAUAAUUAAUAAUAUUCGUUACUAUUAGUAUUAUUUGAGAUGCUAGGCUAGUGUCGAGAUAAACGUGUAAAGAAUACUAAAAAAAAAACAACAAAAAAAAAAAGAAAUUAAAAAAGAAGAGAGUGAAUCGUACCGGCGGCGUCCUGAUAGUAGUAGACAAAGAUAAGGUGAAAUUGACAUUAGACGCGGGUACGUAUCUAUUUAGAGUAGAUUAUAUUGAGAGAAUAUAAUUAUAUAUAAAUAUAUAUAUAGAUAUAUUAAAAUUUUUUGAGAAGUUAAUAACGACGCGAUUUCAUCAAUGUUGAACACGAAUUAUUGCGCAUAGAUGCACGUAGACAAUUAUUUUAUAGAUAUAAAAAAAAAAAAAAAAAAAAAAAAACGCGAAAUUUGUGUUCUUAUUGUUGCACUCUCAAUGAGAGGGAUCAAUUGUAGAUAAAAAGAAAAAAAAGAAUUACUAUUUUGGAUUAUAGCGAGAUUUCGCAAUUUUAUCUUUAUACUAUUUCUAUCGCUAAAAUCCAAUGUCACGUCGGGGUUUUUUUUAUUAUAUUUUUAUGAGUUAAUUUUAAUUAAGCUAAUUUUAAUUUACACGCAAUUUUUCCUGCACUCCCCUCCCCCCCCCCUCUUAUUUUUCCACAGUAUUUCAUAUUCCCAAAUGUAUUUUAGAUCCUCCCCAAAAAAAUGCUGUAGUUGAGAUUAUGAUUUAGAUUUAUUGUAUGAUUUAGCUUAGUAUAUAUUAUAUUAUAUUAUAUUAUAUAUAUUAUAUAUUAUAUAAUAAUACACACACUUUUGCAAGCGGUGAGUCUUAACCUAGUCACGAGUCACUAUUUUUUAAUUAAUUAUUAUCAAUCGAUUUAUUGAUAAUUUUAUUUAUUAUUCACGCAAAUAAAAACAAAAAAAAAACAUUAAAUAUAAUUUGCUUUAUUAAUUUAUUUUUAAUUUCCAAUUUUUCCAUCCAUUUUUUUUUAUAUAUCCAGAAAAAAAAACCCUCGACUGUUUCUCGGCUUAAAAAUCUUGGGCCUUGAAUGUUUCAAAGUUGUAAAUUUUAAAAGCUCAUUUAAAAAAAAAAAAAAAACGUUUUUCUGGCCUAAGAAUUUUCUUCAUUUCUUUGGCAUUGGCCUAAGGGCGAUUAGAAUUUUUUUUUUUUUACAACUUUGAACAAAACGAAAUUUUUGUUUACAGUCGAGGGAAGCUCUAAUUAUUUUUUUUUUCUGCAAAUCAUUUUUUUCUUUUGCUUUUUUUUUUGAACACAAAAAAAAAUCAAAUCGCGUUGUAUUUAACGAGACAAAAUUUUUUGACGAAAGUUGAAAUAAAAAAAAAAAAAAAAAAAAAAAUUGACAAUUUUUCAGUGCAAUUUUUUUCUUAUCGAAAAUUCAAAUCAUCGAAGUAAUUUUUAAUUGUAAAUUUUCUAUCUGGACGCCGCCGCGGUGAUUGCGUCACAGUUAUUAUUAUAUGAAAUAUUCUUCACUCUGUAACUAUACGGUACAUUUUUUUUUUUUUUUGAAUUUGGAAGAAACAUUUUUUUUUUUUUGUCAAGAAUUCUGCCAUCUCGUCCAGAGAAUGACAGACCGAAUAAAAAAAAACGAGAUCGAUGAAACCGAUUUUUUAAUAAUAAAAAAAAAAAUAAAUAUUAAUAAUAAAUAAUAAUAAAUAAAAGCAAAUAACAGAAGAAAAAGAUGAAACGAAGCAAAAGAUAGUAAAAGUGGUGCGCGAAGUGACUAUAAAAGCACCAUUUUCAAAUAUCCUCGACACUAUUUAAAAAAAAAAAAAAGAGUUAAAUUUGUUUAGAUAAGAAAAAAACCGUUUUAAUGAAAAAAAAAGAAAAAAAUUUAUAAUCGAUCGACUCGCCGUAUCAGUGCAAGGAGACGAUAAUAAAACUUUAAGAGAUAAACGGAUACUCUAAACACAAGGGUGGUAAGAAAAAAAAAAUGUGGGGAAAAAUAAGAGAGAAUAAAUAAUACGUACAUACCUAAACGCGUAAAUAAGGCAAAAAAAAAAAAAAAUAACGUAAACAGAAUAUUAAGUAAUAGUAUUUAACGUUAAACACUUGCAAGCUAUUAAUUAUUAUAUUACGAUUAAUUAAAGAUAAAAAGUGGCAGGCGACACACCUACCUUAAACUAAUAAACUAAUUAUUAAUACGAUUAUUAUUAACUAUCGAGUUUUUCGUGAUUAAGUCGUGAUAAACGAGAAUCGGAGUAAGUUAAUGAGAGACAAUUUCCUCGACUAUUAGAGUGUAUCACAAAAAAAAAAAUUGCAAUCGAAGGAGGACGCUGAUAGAUUUUUUUUUUUUUUCGUAGAAUUUAGAAAAAAGAAAAGCGUCUUCCUGAAAUUAUCCGUUUUCCGGUGCGUGAGAAAAAAAAAUUUUUUUUGUGCGACUGAUAUUAAUAAAAUGAAAGAGCGAGAAUUUUUUUUUUUUUUGUGUAAAUGAAAGAAUAAUUAAUAUUACAUUUUUAUGCGAGUACCGCGUGCGUUACUAACUGAUUGUUGAACGCGUGCGAAAAAUAAAAAAAAUUUUCUGUGUGAUAAUCUCGUACAUGUAGAGUGUUAAGAUAAUGGAUUUUGGCGCGGUUGUGGUCAGGCGUGGAAUGAGGAAGCUCAAGGAUUCAUAUGAGAUCGCUCAGAAAUAAUAAUAAUAAUAAUAAUAAUUUAUCGAAGGAUAAAGAUCCUUUUACAUAUCACUGAUUCAAUAUAUAUUAUUUAAUCAAAGUUGUCGAUUUCUCCAACUUUGUGAAUUUAAUAUUUAAAAAAAUUGUUUUUUUUUUUUACAGAUAAAUUUCGAAAGAUAAAGAAAAAUGAACAGUUUUUAAAUUUUACAAAGCAAUGAAUUUUAAAACUACAACAAUUUUUUGUGGAAUAUUGUCAUUUUUUUUGUGAUAUUUUACAGAAUAAGAGGCUGUUGAUACUCCAGCUCUUGGAACAUUUUUAUUUUUUAUAACAUACAUCAAUUUUAACUUUAAUUUACAGAAUGAAUUUUUGAGAGGUCUGUUGAUACUCCAGCUCUCAAAAUCAAAGUUAAAAAAAAAUAAUUCUCUGAAUUUCUUAAAAAUUGUUGUGGAUUUAGAAAUUAUAAUCUUAAUUUUAAUAAUUAAACAUGAAAAAAUAAUUUUUAAUUAACAUGUUAAUUAAUUUUUGUUAUUUCGAAAUAAAAAUAUAUUUUACAGAAUAAGAGAGGCUGUUGAUACUCCAGCUCUCUGUUAAUUUAUAUAUAUUUUUUUUUUAAAAAACUGUUCAUUUUAAAAAUCACGUUUUCAUCAUUUUGGUUAAAUUUAAUUUUUCGAGAGAUUAAAUUCUACAUUUGCGCAGAAGCAAAACAUUCUGCGCAGACGCAGAACCUUUAACCUCUCGAAAAAUUUAAAGUAGCAACAUUCUGCGCAGACGCAGAAUCAUUAACCUCUCGAAAGAUUAAAUUUAACCCAUUGAAAAGAAAUUCAAUUAAAUUUUAGUCGACAUUUUUUUUUCAACUGUUAGUAAAAUUUAACUUAUUCAAAUUAGUAAUUUUUAAAUUCAAAGAUAUAUAAAUAUAUAUAUAAUUUACAGAAAUUCAAGAGGCUGUCGAUACUCCAGCUCUUGAUGAAAACAAUUUGUUGUUUUUUUUUUAAAUUCUAUUCUUUUUUCAAAAUGAUUUUUCGCAAAAUAAUUUAAAAAUUUGUACAAUACAAAUAUAAAUUACAGUUAUUUACUGUAAUAAUAAUUAGCAAAAUUCAAUUAGGCAUUGAAAAAAAAAAAAAAAAAAAAUAUUGAAUCAACGAAAGAAAAAAAAAAAUUUAAUGAGCGCAUCUUGGAAUCCAAGAGUUAAGGGGGUUAUUAGAAACUUUAGGGGUGGGGGGGAGGGGUUGCGAUUUUUUGUCGAAUAAUGUGGAUGGUGCAGAAGCGUAGGGAGCCAAGUGUCCUUGAUGCGACCGUCGUUGAAGCCAAAUUUAAAAUCUCUCGUGAUCUCACCAAAAAAAAAAAAAAUUUUUUUUUUUUUUUUUUUUUGGAUUAACGAGCGAAAGAUCGUCAUCGAUAAUAACAACAUAUAUAUAUAUAUUAUAUAUAUAUAUAUGCGAUUUCGGACUGAGUUCGGAACCACGGGCUAGAGACGUUCGGCGCAAACCGAUCCUAGAAGAGACAGAGAAAGAAGAAAGCGAGAGGGAGAAUAAGUGAGAAAGAGAGAAAGAGAUAUAGAUAGAGUUUGAAUGAGUAAAGAAAGAAAAGAAAGAAGAAGAAAAAAAAAUUAUACAGAGAAAAGCCGACCUCCUUGCCUACCGGGAGGUCCGCAAAUAUAUUGUAAAGACAACUAGUAUUUAAAAAAAAAAAAAAUUAAGAAGUCGAAAAAUGAAAAAAAUUAAAAAAAAAAAAAAAAAAAUAGGGGGGAAAGGGAGAAAAAGUGAUGAAAUUUAUAAUGACCGUUAAAUGUAUAAGUAAAAUUAAAAAAAAAAUUACUACGUUAAAAUUAUGUCCUUUCCUUUAUGCACGAUACUCUUUGGCAGCUCUUUUGGCGAGUAGAGACACCAGCUCAUUAUAUACAUACAACACGUCUUUUGGCAGUGAAGAUGAAUGAAUCUGAUUGUGUGAAUGUGGAGAAAACGAAAAAUAAAAAUUCUGCUACCACGGUCCCGUCGUCCGACUCAGUGGCGCUAUCGAAAUUCACAAUUAGCGCUCAAAUUUAAAAAAAAAAAUUAAUAAUAAUUAGGUAUAUAUAUUUAAAAAAAAAAAAAAAAAAACAUCAAGUACGCAGUGGACGAACAGUGCUAUCCAUAAAAAAAAAACCCUACCGGUCACCUAGAGUAAAACCUUAUGUAAGAAUGAUUAUACAGACAGAAAAAAAAAUAUACCUCGUUCCGAAACGUUCAUCCCCUUGGCCAAUUACAUUCAACAACCAAUAGUUGGUCCUCCCGGGGGGUUUUUUUUCCAAUUUUUCUUUCUAUUCUUAUUUUCGAUUUCAUUUUUUUUUUUUUUUGCUAUUUCAUUUUCAUUUCAUUUUUCUUCAUUUUUAUUUUAAUAUUAUUUGCUAUCUUUAUUAUCUUCUUUGGAAUUUCAAUGGCUGUGGAACUUUUUUUUUAAUUUCCCUUUGCUAAAUAAUCGCUGAUUUUUUAAUUUCUUUUAUUUCGUUUUCUUAAAAUCUCUCUAUUAAUCGGUUUUGUAUAUAGGUUAAACACAUGUUGCGUCUGCGCAGAAUGUUUCAACUUUGCGCAAACGCAAGAAUGUUAACCUCCCUUGAGAAUUUUUUUCACAAAAACCAAAAAUUAUUAAAUUAAAAUUCCUUAUUAAUCAUUCCAAAGAAGUUAGAAAAAAGAAAAUUUUUUUUUUUGUGAAAGGGGAGGACAGGAUGAAGAACGCUAGGCGUGUAUAAAGAUGAACACACAUGAGAUUAGAGUGUAUAUGUAUGGACCUCCUGAAGAAAAAGAUAUAUAUAUAUACACACACACACAAUUGAACAUACGUAUCAACAAGCAGUGGAGUAGGUUAUUCGUACUUAUAAAAUUAGAAGCUCCUAGUUGAAUAAGAGUAAUAAUAUUUAGUAACGAAAAAAAAAAAAUAAAUAAAAUACGAACGAGCAGUAGCAACUAAAUUGAUGUGUGAGGAUGUAAGCUAGAUCGCCACACUGAGUCUAGGUCCUCAGAGGAAACGCAGACCCUUCAAAAGAAUAAUAAAAAAAAAAAAAUAAUAAAAAUAAGAAAAAAAAAAAAAUUUUUGUUAAUACAUCGAGUCCGAUUUGCCAACUUUAAUUUUCUAUUUCAUUUCUAUAAUGAGAAUUAAAAUCUCAUAGAGAAAAGUAUCUCAUAUUUUCUAUACUUCAUGAGAGGAUCAAAAACCUCCGUACCAUCAAUGAGAGGACCAAAUCUACAGUUCUAUAAAUCUUUCUAAUCUCAGAAAUCAAGAGGACCAUACAUUGCCAAUUGAAGAAAAAAAAAAAAAAAAAAAAAAAAAACUGAAGAAAUUUUUUUUACAAUUGACAAAGUUGGCAAAUCGAUCGAUGGGAAAGUCUUGAACGAUUGUGGGAAUUGUUUUUCUGCGUCCCACAUUGAUCUUCCAGAAUUUUUUUUUUAAGACAAAAAAAAAAAACAAGGAAGAUUCAUCGUGGGACAUCGUUGUCACAGCAAGUACUUUUUAGGCUCAUCUCAUUUUGUCAAUUUGUUUUCAAGAAAAAAAAAAAAUGCAUGGUCCAAAUUGUGAAUAAUUUUCCAUAUUCAAAUACUUCCGUCCUUUUUGUAUCCGAAUUUGGAUUCAAAACAAAUUUUUUCUUUUUUUUUGGUAAAAUCAACCGGAUUUCUUUGCAAUAGACUAACGAAUUGAAAAAAAAAAUUUGGACCUAAUUCUUGAAUGCAAAAUUGAACAAAAUGUUUAUUUGAUGGGAACCUGUCUACUUUGAUGAACGCAUUACGAUAUUUGACGAACUGCCAUUUUCGAUAUAUAUGAAUAAUAUAUAUAUAUAUAUAUAUAUAUAGUUUUUCAUUUUUCAACGUUCUUCCGGCGUUUUUCUUCGGAUUUCGUUUAAGACACUUUUUUAUUUCGCUAUCCUCGGUUGCGCACAAGACGAGAAUAUGAAAAAAAAGAAGAAAAAAAAAAAAAGUGAAAGUAGGGGAAGCAAAAAUUUAGUUCUUUGGCACAAAAAAAGAAGAAAAAAAAAUUUAAACGAGUACACGGGGACUUGUGGAACAUAUUCGCAUGUGUCAUUUUUGAACACUUUAUACAAAAAAAAAAAUCACAAAUAUUGGUCGUGAUUUUGUCCUAUAGGGGAAGUCCUUUAAUUUUUUAAAUUGCCAUCCAAUGUUAAUUAAAUAUUAUUUUUGAUCCAAUUUAUAUUCGCUCGUUGGGCAUUAUAAUAAAGUCACUAAGAAAAUUAUCGCGUAUCAAAAAAAAAAAAAAAGAAAGGGUACGAAACUCUUGGGCAUUUUUCUCAGGGAAUCGAAAAAUUUUGUGAUUUUCAUGGCUUUAGGCAAAAUUAUCAAGUGAUAUAGGUGUUGCUAAAAAAAAGAGUUGUUAUUUUAUCUGAUUUUAAUAUCCCCCCCCCCCAAAAAAAAAUAUAUUCUAAAAAAAGAUUUUUUCCAAAUAAACAUUAAUUAACAUCAGAUGGCAAUGGAUUUCUUCCUAUAUUAAAAAAAAAAAAAUUGAAAAAAAAAAUUAAAACAACCAUACGAACAUAUGCAGUUUCGGCCCGAAUCCAAAAGACACAUCAAGGAAAAAAGUACAAGUUUUCACGUUUGCGCCUUACAUUAAAAUUAAAAGUUGAUCAAAAGCGUAUUCUUACCAAAAUCGGCCUUAGUAUAUACUUUUCCAAAAAAAAAAAAAAAAAAAAUAAUAAUAAUACUAAUAAUAAUAAAGUAACCACCGGAGAAUUGCACCCAAAGCGAAUAUCAUUGGUUAUAGUAAAUACUGAAAAAAAAAAAAAAAAAUCACCAACGAAAACAUAAUGAAUCCGCUUUGGGAACAAAAUCAAAUCUCCGAAACAUCCUCCACAUCCCCGAGACCCUUCUAGAAAAAAAUAAAGAAAAAAAAAGACUCUUUUCGAGUAGAAAGAAAAACAUUUCCUGCAUGUUGACGCGAGUGGAUGGGUCACUCACAAAUAGUGAAAAAUGCGAAAAUUUGUUUUUUUUUUUGGGUUUUUUUGUUUUUUUUUUUUUUUGGGUGACCCCACCAUAACGUCUGCGCGUUUGGGCCAGCUCGUCUAUCAUACUGAUAAGAUCAAAAAACCGUUCAACGAUGUAAACGACAUGUGACAGCAAUCGUUACGCUUGCGUUUUAAUAAAGGAACAUAACGUUCGUUAAGUGUGCAUGAUUAAAAAUAAUAAUAAAAGAAAAAAAAAAAAUACAUAUAGGACAUACACCGUACGGGUCGUUGAUGGUGCUACUAAUUCUUCAGUAUUAAAAAUACUAUUUGUGCAAUAGUUUUUUUUUUUUUUUUUUUUUUUUUUGAAACAGCUUCAACUCCGCUAAAAAAACAGGAUCCGUCAUUAUUUCAGGAUUAUCUGUAUACAAAAAUCUUAAGAAAUGAAAUCUUAAGAAAUAAUGAAAAAUCAAAGGAAAUUUGAUAACAGGAAAAAAAAAAAAUGAUGAGAAUCGAUCACAGCGAAGUUCAACGACCGUCAACCUCUCGUAUGGUAAUCUCAGAAUCAACCCCCCCUUAGAACAAAUACCGCCUACCAAAUCCAACAAUCAUCCAUAAAACCUGAUCUAUUCCUCACAGUUACGCAAAUCUGUCUCAAUACACUUUUUGUAAUAACAAAAAAAAAUAUUUAGAAGGGCACGAAUCAAGGAUUAAGAAAAAGAAGAAGAAGCUGCGAACUAAUGAAUUGUACUGUGACUCAUUGUUUCAUCGUGACAUCGCAUCACUCGCAUCACAAAAAAAAAAAAAAAAAAUUGUGAGGUCAAAAAAAUCACAGUCGAGAAAAAUGAGAUGGCCCAAAAGGGGCAGAACUCGACGAGAAAAAAUCCGAAAGGGAAUUAGAAAACUCAAACAAAAAAAAAGAUGUCAAACAAUCAUAAUCGUCCGCAGAAAAAUGGUAUUAAAAAAAAAUAUAUAUAAUUAUCACAAUGAGUAAUAAUAUAUAUAUAUCCAAAAAAAAAAAUACUAUAAAGGAAAAAAAAGUCUUACAAAAAAAUAGCCUGAUUCGAUUUCCUGACUUUCGCAGAUUUUCGCGCGGGACAACGAGUUCGUCCCUCCAACAGCAUCCAAAAAAAAAAUCCUUUUCCCAAAAAAAAAAAAAAACAAUCAAUUUUAAAAUGAAAAAAAAUCCUUCCCACAAUGAAAUAAGGUUUGCUUCCAAUCCGUACGUGUUAUUCGAAUAAAACUAUAAACUAAAUAUUAACGAUAAAUAAGAAUAUUAAUUGAAUUAUACCUAUUAUUGAUUAAUACUUAUAACUAGGUUUAAAAAAAAAAAGAGACAACCCGGUACAUGGCGGUCGUAAUAUCCGUAAUUCGGGUGAAUUUCAGAAAUUUUAAGGGUGCGCCCCGACUUUUUUCUAAACCCCAAAAACGAAGGGUUUAAAAAAAAAAAAAAAAAAAAAGAAUUUUAAAUCGUUGAACGAGUCGUGACGCACGUGGUUCGCCCUGUGGUACCGGUGGGAAAGUAUAACUUUGUGGUCGUUUCUUACCCAUCAUUUUUAUGCUAGCUUUUAAUGAAACACAAAAUACACACCAGGAAAAAAAAAAACACACACACACAGCAUUAAUAAACAUCUAAUACAAUAUAAAUAUAUAAAUAUAUAAAUAUAAUUAUAUUAUUGAUAUAAACUUACGAUUAUUAAGUAUCCUAGUGGUAUUAUACGACGACAUAGUUGAUUGAUCUGUUUAAUAUUGAAUGUCUGUAGACCACGGAGCGUUUGGAACUCUAUGCUAAACUUAGAGACCUUUCCUUCAUCCCCUCUCCUAAAAAAAAAAAAACCUCACCUAAACAUCCUCGGAGAAUAACCUCACAGAAUAACGAGUACAUUUACUCGACCCCCACCCCCUUCACCUUUCGAUUAAUUGGCAAGACUCCCUUUUUGUAAUUGGAAAAGAAUCAAUAUUGAAUGAGACUCGAUAUUUUAAAAUAAAUCUACUUGAUUGAAAUCUAAAGUAAAAAAAAAGCGCACUAUUUCCCUCCCCCUCUUAAUAUAUUAACGAAUUGGAAAUUGAAUUUUUUUUUUUAACAGAAAGAAAAAUCUAGAAAACAAAAUCAAAGAUUUGAAAAGAAAUAUUUCGAAUUUUUUUUUUAACAAUUGUAUUUUUUGAAUUAAAAUUUUCUUUUUACUAUAAAACCCUAAUGUCGAUUUACUGAUAAAAAAAAAAAAAUGGGAUUUUUCUUGUAGUUCAAAAUGACAGUGGCGCCACCUACGAGGCACCAUUUAGCUCAAUUUUUUUUUUCAGUGAGAGAAAUAAUUAUCGAAAUAAUUUUUUUGCAAUUUAAUUUUUGUUUCCUUCAAAAAGAAAUUAAAUAUUUUUACUCUAAACAAAUAGAUUAAUAAUAAUAAAAAAAUUAAAUAAAAAAAAAAAAUUUUUCACUAAUUGUAAAAAUUAUUUAAAAAAAAAUUAAUGAAGAAAAAAACAAACAUUAUUAUUUGAAUUUUUUUAUUUAUAAAAAAUAAUUGUGAAAAAAUUUUACAAAAAGUAACAAUUUUUUUUUUUUUUCUAAUCAUCCAUUUGUCAAACAUUAUUUCUCUCACUUUGUAAUUUGAAUUAAAAUUUUAAUAUACAAUUGAUAAUGCACUUUUUCUUGUCACUGUCAAUAAAUUCGUGAAUAGAAAGAAAUGUUUUUUUUUUUUUUUUUUUGCAAUUUAAAGAAAAUUAUAUAAAAAUAAAGAAAACAAAAAUUUAAGUGCGCGAUCAACAAAAAAAAAAAAAAAAAAUGACUGAUACCUUGUAUUAAAAAAAAAAAAAAGAAAGAAAGCCCACGUGAAAGACUCCAAACCCUCUGCAUCUGUUUAUUGAUGCGUUGCCUCGGGACGCGUCGAUUGAAAGAAGAAUCAAUUUCUCUAAAACAGGGGAAAAAAAAAAAAUUUUUUUUUUUUUUUUUUCCUCUUUUUUCGAUCGACCUUCUCGUCAAGGCCCGCCUGAUUGUUGAGUUUAAGUUUUCUUAGCUAGCGAAUUCCUUUGUACAUUCCACGGUACUAAUUUACACACGUUACUUAGCUCACCGUUUUCAAUAGUCGAUAAAAUGUGUUUUGCAGUUUUUUAGCGACUUAAAAGUUUUUAUUAACUAUUAUUAUUAUUACCAUAAUUAUUACAAUUAUUACUAUUAUUAUUAUUAUUAUUAUUAUUAUUUUUAUUAUCAUUAUUAUUAUUAUCAUUAUUAUUACUAUUAUUAUUAUUAUUAUUAUUAUUAUUAUUAUUAUUAUUAUUAUUAUUAUUAUUAUUAUUAUUAUUAUUAUUAUUUUUAUUAUUUUUAUUACUAUUAUUAUUAUUUUUUUUUUUAUUUUUAUUCUUAUUAUUAUUAUUAUUAUUAUUUAUGUUACUUUUAUUUUUAUUAUUAUUAUUAUUAUUAUUACUGUAAGUCUAAACCGUAAAUCGGCGUGAUUUUCCAAGAAAAAGAAAAAUUCGAGUCAAAUAAAUAAUGUAUCGCGUAUUUCAAUACAUCCUUGACUCGCGAAAAAAAAAAAAAAAUUGAAAACGAUUAUAUGUUAUAUGAAAUCGCGAAGCUUUUUUUUGGAAAAUAUCGACGAUAUUGCGGUAUCAUUGCUUCGUAUAAGUACUAAUAUAUCCGCAAGUUAAAAAUUGCCCAGCUGUUAAUAGUUUCCUGUUGUCAGAGGGUGAAUGGAUUUCAGUAGGAAAAGCUAUAUUUAUAGAAAAAAAAAAGAAAGAAAUUAACAAUAACCACCCUUGAAAUUGAAGAGAAAAAGAAAUUUCUUGUAUAUUUAAAGAAUUUAAUUUCUUUGAUAUAUAGACAAAUUAAAUUUCAAAAUUAUUUUAAAUAAUUGGGUGAUUAUUGUGUUCUUCCAUUUUAAAAUAACUAUUUCCCUCUCCGACGAACUUUUCAAUUUUAAAUGUAAACAUACUUUACACGAAACAUUAUAAAUACAUACACACACAUACACACACAGCUUCAUAAUUAUUGUCCAGUAAUUAAAUCUCACGUGGGAGUUUCGACAUUGCUCAUACAUCGUUCUUUAAAAAUGAUGAUACAAGGUAUUAUAAAGAAAUUUUUGAAUUUUUUUUUUUACAAAUUAAUGCCAAAUUUUUCGAAUCAUUUAUAUACAUCAAUUCACAAAUAAUUUCGAUAAAACUGGUUUUGAGUUAUCAAAAAGAAAAUAAAUUCCUUUUCUGAAAAAUCUUGAAAAAAUCAUCAUUUUGACAAUAAGUAAUGUUGAACGAUCACGUGAGACUUAAUUACCCCCCCCCUCCCCCUCUCUCGAUGAGAAUUUUUCAUUUACACCUGGGCAAGAGUCAGGCGAGCGUCGGGCCGGCUCUCAAUUUUGAAAUAGCCAUUUCGAUGAAAAGCGAAAAAAGCGAACAGACCCCCAAAACCCGACGCAAUAGAAGAAGGCAACCGGAUAAAAAUACCGUCACACAAAGAAACAGUUUCUCGCGCGGGGCCCGGUUGCGACCACCAUCAAUAAAUAUAUACUUAAAAUAAUAAUAAUAAUAAUAAUAAUAAUAAUUAAUUCUAAUUCCCCCCUUGAAUCCAAAAAAAAAAUCCAAAAUCGCUAAAAAAAACCAACCCUAUCCUUCCUAGUCUUAAAUCCUUGAAAAAAAAAGCUGGGGGUGCAUAAGGCCCCCGGUGGCCAUAAACGGAGGUCGCAGCCAUUUGGCCAUGUUGAACGGGUCCCGCGCCUUCUCUCACUCACAGCACACACUGGGCCGACUCGUCCGAUAGAAUGUGCCUUCAGUGUUGAUUUUAUACGAAAAAAAAUACUAAAAUUAUACAAAGGGGCCCGACAUAGACCGAACGCCCACCCAAAGUCUGACCGAUGCUCGCCCGCUGCCUCUUUUUUCUCUAACCAAACUGGAUCAAUCAAAACUCCCGCCUCUUCACGAUUUUCAUAUUUUUUUUCACGAUUAACAUAUUCAAUUUAUUUAAUUCGAUAUACCAUUUUAUUUAUAUGCUUUUUUAACGUAUACAGAUUAACUGAUUUUAGUCUGAUUUUAAAAUCGGUUUUGUAUGCUUUUUUAAAGUAUACAGAUUACCUGAUUUUAAAAUCUAGUAUGCUUUUUUAAAGUAUACAGAUUUCAUCUGAUUUUAAAAUCGGUGUUGUAUGCUUUUUUAAACUAUACAGAUUUCAUCUGAUUUUAAAAUUGGUCUUGUAUGCUUUUUUAAAGUAUACAGAUUACCUGAUUUUAAAAUCAAUCUUGUAUGCUUUUUUAAAGUAUACAGAUUUUCAAAAAUUCUAAUUUCAAAACUUAAUUUAUUCGGAACACAAGAAAAAUCAAGAGAAAGAGAAUAAACGUGAAGAGGUGACGCACAUAUAACAAAAACACAAAACCCCCAACCCAAUCCAGCACAAAGUGAUGAUUUUUAAUUCAGGCAAGGAGUUCGGAACGCUGCAAUAAAAAAAAAAAAAAAAAAAAAAACUAUUAAAAAAGCAAUUAUUAUGCGAUAAGUAUACUUACAUAAUAUAUAUGUGUACUAUGGUCUCUCCCACUCCCCGUUAAAAAAUAAAAAAAAAUAAAAUAAAAUAAAAAAAAACCCUAACCCAAUAAAUUGCAACGAUUUGUCGAUUUUUUUUUAACGACAAAUCGUUACGAUUGUUAGUGGUAUACAUAACCUGCCCCCUCAACCCCCCAUACAAGCGUAGAUUUAACCGCAUUACUAUUGAUGAUAAUGAUGAUGAUAAUGAUUAUGAUGAUGAUGAUGAUGAAGAUGAUGAUGACAGCUACGUAAAAGCUAACUAACUAAACUACAAUUAAACUUAUUAAUUAUUAAACACUUAACAAGCAAUAAAACAGUGUAAACAGUAAAGCCCAGUAACCAUUGAAUUGUGUGUCGACAACUACAUACUACUACCUACCGUAUAUCGAAGUAAUAGCCGUAUGUAAAAGGAAAACUUGUAUUCUACCAGUUGUAUCAGCCAGUUCAUUCUAAUAAGCAAGCGAUUUAAUGAAAAGAAAAUAAUAAUCCCCCCCCCCACUAUCCUCAAGAUAAUAAUCCGUACCUUCCAUUUCCCAAAACCCUCAAUCCUUCAACAAUAUUAUCAUCUAAAAAUUGAGUCCCGAUUGAGAAUACACUGGAUUACAUAUUAACUACUAGCGAUCGUAGACAGAUUGUAAAACUUUGUUCACUGUACGCACAUGUGUGGGGAGACCAUGUAACUUUAGCUCCGCCGCUCAUUCCAAGAUCUUACGAAAUGUUGAAAUUUCGUCGUUUCAUCAAAAAAAAAAACUUUUUCGAAGUAUACAGAUUUCAUCUGUUUUUAAAAUCUUGUAUCCUUUUUUAAGGUAUACAGAUUGACUUGAUUUUAGUCUGUAUUUAAAAUCCGUAUGCUUUUUCCAAAGUAUAUAAAGAUAAUUUUAAAAUCGGUUGUAUUUGCUUUUUUAAAGUAUACAGAUUUCAUCUGAUUUUAAAAUCAGUAGCUCUUUGGAAGAAUACAAAUUACCUGAUUUUAAAAUCAAUGUUGUAUGCUUUUUCAAAGUAUACAGAUUACCUGAUUUUAAAAUUGGUUGCUUUUUUAAAGUAUACAGAUUUAAUCUGAUUUUAAAAUCAAUCCUGUAUGCUUCUUAUAAGUAUACAGUUGGUUUUUCACGAACCAAAUCGAAAAAAUGACGAUUUUCCCACAUUUCUAGCCAGAUCUAGCCCUCUUUCCCCCCACCCCCCUCUCAGCUAGUGUAGCAGCUAGCUAAAAAGAAACCCUAAAUAAUCUUUCAUGAAUUCCUUCCCUGAACAAUUUCCCCUUCUAUUAUACCUGCCCAAAAAAAAAUUCCCCGUCAAUUCCCUACGUGUUGUAUUAUCCGUUAUUUUCGAUAUAAUAUUAAUAGUAUUAAUGAUACUUAAUGAUAAUAUGAUGACGAUAAGGUACGGGGAGACGUUUGGUCACACGAGAAACACACAUACACGCAGAACAGACACACGCGUAGGCGCGUUUCCUCGCCUUGCCGCGACAAAGAAAAUAAGAAUCUUCAUACACGCAUCAGGAAUAUGAGAUUAAUAAUAUGAUCAACCUAGUUGCCGUGAAGUUUGAACAAUGAGUGAACAAUGAGUAAUGAGACCUACCCGCGGGUCCGCUUCGUUUUUUGCCCCGGGGGAGCCAAAGUAAAAAAUUCCAUACCUUUUUUUUUGGGAACUCUUUUUCAAAAUGGUUAAAAUUUGAAAAUAGUAGCUCAAUUUAAUAAAAAAAAAAAAAAAAAAAAAAAAACAAUUGGAAUUUACUCCAAGGCUCCAACGGGCGAAUCUGCCUCGUAGCUAAACAUUUUUGUACAGAAUACAUUCAUAAACAGAUUAUAAAAUUUUCAGUUACAGAGCAGCACUAUACAUACAACACAGAUGAUGUAUAUAUUUUUACGUUACAGAAUAUGUCCUGCACGACAGCAGGCACGAUAAGACUGGUUCUCAUUUCCCACAACAAUGCGUAUACAUAUUGCCAUAUUUAUUAACAAAAUAUUCUUAUUAUAAAAUUUCACGAUAUUUCUAAGUAAUUUAAAAAAAAAAAAAAAUACCGUUACCAGAACAAAUGGAUUUUUUGGUAAAAAAAAAAAAAAAAAAAAAAAAAUAAUAAUGAACGGGGCUGCCCGCUUGCAACAUAAAUUGUUUUCUUACUUCGAAAAAAAGAAAUUCGAAAUCACAAAAAUCAAAAACCUUUCUAUUUUUCAGAAAGGAGGUAAAACAUAAAUAAAAUUCGUAUCUUUUUUUCGAAGACAAAACAAAUGAAAACAAACAAAAAAAUAAAUAAAAACGAAAAAAAAAAUGGGAGAUAAAAUAUUUCAACCUUUGGAAUUAUUGAAAAAUAAAAAAGAAAAUUUUUUCGACCAGACAAAAUUAACAUCCUAAUUUUUAUAUUCGGCCCUUCACUAAACCCAAUCUGGCAUGCCAAAGGAGAAAAAUGAAAAUACGGGAUUAAACUCCCUAUAAAAUAAAUGAGAGAAUAAAUGUUGUUUGCGGGUAUCCCGACAGAAGCAUAACGCGGGUAGGAGUAUCUGAAAAUCCCGGGCAAUUUGAGUUUUAUCUCACAAAUACCCCGGGGAACGUCCUAAGUUUUAAAAAAAAUCCGUACUCACGUUCUCUCCGCAUUAAUGAAACGAUCUAAUUUUCUUUUUCCCUUUUAGACACUUCGACUUUUUUUUAGCACAUGAAUUUCUAAAUGAAAAAUAAAAAAGGGAAUUGUUAACAUUUUUUACGGUACCGGUUACUAUAUGGUUUCGGUUACUAUGGUACCGGUUACUCUAUGGUACCGGUUACUAUAUAAUUCCCGUUACUAUGGUACCGGUUACUCUAUGGUACCGAUUACUAUAUGGUUGCCGUUACUAUGGUACCGGUUACUAUAUGGUUCCGGUUACUAUGGUACCGGUUACUCUAUGGUACCGGUUAUUAUAUGGUUCCGGUUACUAUGGUACCGGUUACUCUAUGGUUCCGGGUACUAUGGUACCGGUUACUCUAUGGUUCCGGUUACUAUGGUACCGGUUACUCUAUGGUUCCGGUUAUUAUGGUACCGGUUACUAUAUGGUUCCUGUAACUGUGGUACCGGUUACUAUAUGGUUCCGGUUACUAUGGUACCGGUUACUCUAUGGUUCCGGUUACUAUAUGGUUUCGGUUACUAUGGUACCGGUUACUAUAUGCUUCUGGUUACUAUGGUACCGGUUAGUAUAUGGUACCGGUUACUAUGGUACCAGUUAUAAUGGUACCGGUUACUAUGGUACCAGUUAUAAUGGUACCGGUUACUCUAUGGUUCCGGUUACUAUGGUACCGGUUACUCUAUGGUUCCGGUUACUAUAUGGUUUCGGUUACUAUGGUACCGGUUACUAUAUGCUUCUGGUUACUAUGGUACCGGUUAGUAUAUGGUACCGGUUACUAUGGUACCAGUUAUAAUGGUACCGGUUACUAUGGUACCAGUUAUAAUGGUACCGGUUACUCUAUGGUUCCGGUUACUAUGGUACCGGUUACUCUAUGGUACCGGUUAUUAUAUGGUUUCGGUUACUAUGGUACCGGUUACUCUAUGGUACCGGUUACUCUGUGGUACCGGUUAUUAUAUGGUUCCGGUUACUAUGGUACCGGUUACUCUAUGGUUCCGGUUAUUAUGGUACCGGUUACUAUAUGGUUCCUGUAACUGUGGUACCGGUUACUAUAUGGUUCCGGUUACUAUGGUACCGGUUAUUAUAUGGUACCCAUUAAGGUACCGAUAAAGUUGAUAAACAAUUGAAAAGCUAAGAAAUGAUAAAUUUAACAAUGAAAAAUAAAAAUUUGAAACGUAAAUUAAUUAAUUUGAGAUUAUUUUGAUUAAAUUUAAUUUUAUCUCUCUGUUAAGAGAUUUAAGUCUAUCGAAAUUAAUGUUGUUAAGGGGUGUAAAUUACUUUUUUUCUGCCACUAUUUUAAAAUCAAAAUAUAUUAUUUGGAAUUUGCGAAAAUUUUCACUGUUUCAUUCAUUUGAUUGUUGAAAAAAAUGAAAUUCCAAAAAAAAAAAAAAAUUCGAAGAGUCUAUAGGUGAAAAUUCGAUCAUUUCAAUGCCGGGAGACGUUUACUACACCAUGACACAAUUUUUGAGUUACAGUGCAAGCGAACAUCUGUAGAGCCAUAUACAUAUAGUACGUUGUUGUAUCUUAAAAACUAAUGGGAUAAACUAUAGUGAAUGUACAUUUUAUAAGGGUUAUAACAUUUCGAAAUUUGAAAGCGGCAGGAAAGCGACAGGAUUAAAAAAAAAAAAAAAGAAAAAAACUUUUUCGAAUGAGAUAGAAAAAAAUAUCCGGAAUAGCGCGCGCGCAAGAUAGAACGAGAGAGAGAAAGAGGAAAAUUGUGUGAGAGGAAUAAUAAAAAAUAAAUAAAAAAAAAAAAAAAAAAAAAAAAACAUAACAAAAUGAAGGAAAAAAUCGAUAGUUUGCAUCCGCGUCGCGAUUGACGGCAUGGUCACCGGCGGCCCCGUCCGAAACGGGUGCAAGUAACUUUAGAUGUAUAAAAAUUUAACUAUUUCUCGCGAUUUUAGGGAGCUCUAAAGAAAUUAUUGUAAAAAGGUCUAUUAUAGGGGGAGGAAACUUUAUUGAAAAGGGGUCGUGCGUGAAUGUUGAAUGACUGUAUAUGACUCAAAUAUCCUCAAAAAAAAAAAAAAAAAAACCAAAAAUGAAAAAGAGGAAAAAGAGUGAAAAAAAAAAAUUAUUGUAUAAAUUUUUUGGGAGGGUGAACUGGUCGCCCGGUGACCGCGCCUCUAUCUCGAUACAGGCUCGAAAUGCCACAAAGAGCGCCGGGUGCAAAAUUUACAACAUGAGAAAUGUAAAAAAUAAAAAUUAAUCCGGCGCUUCUCAUUUCGACAAAAAAAAAAAACAAUCGAUCUUUAAAUUUUCUUUUUUAAUAAAUUUUUCUUUUUUUUUUUGGCAAUAUCUCGAUAACUAUUAAGCGCAAAAAAAAAACAGACAAGGAGAAAGGAUUUCGACAGGUCGAAAGGUUUACAAAAUAAAAAAAAAUUGUGUACUAUUUAAAUAUUCGUAUCAAAAAAAAAAGAAAAAAAAAAAAAAAAAAAAAGGCCUCGACUUAGCGGCGCGAGUGUUGAAAAAAAAUUAAGGGGAGAGCCAAAAAGAAACAAAAAAAAAAAAAAAAAAAAAAAAGUGGGGCCGAUUAAAAAAAAUAUUUAUAAUAUAUGGCUACAAGUACAAAUUACUUCAAAUACUGAGCGUAGGUGUAUUGAUGUGUGAACAAAAUUUGGUUGGCCGGUGACCGUUUUUGGAACCAUCAUACUGCGUAUCAAAGUAUGUAAAAUUUAUUGAAUAAACGCUAGCUAUGAUAUAAUGUAAUCUAAUAUUGUAAUAUUGUAAUGAGUCUAAAUGAUGAAAAAAAAAAAAAAAAAAAAAUUAAUUUGAGGUUUAGAAGCGCGCGUGAGUGCACGUGAAUGAGAAAAAAGAGGAAAAAAAGAGGUUAUUGUGCAUACGAACAAAUUUAUGUUAUUGUCGACAUUUUUAAGAAUUUAUUAAUUUUUUUUUUUUUCUUUUCAUUUUUAUCACCACGUCGCAAAAAUUGUAUUUAUAGUGUUAAAAACAAUUUCGAGACACAAUAUAGGUCAAGUACUUCAGGGAAGGGGUAAGAAAAAAAAAAAAAAAAAUUUUUUUUUUUGUAAGAAUUCUAAAAAAAAAAAAAAAUUAAUUACGCACGGAAUGUUUGGAUCUUUUUUUUUGGACAAAAAAGUUCAUUUCGAAAAUAUCAAUCCAAAAUUUGCACGCCACAUUGGCUUUGAAAAUAUACUCUCGGCGUCUCGCGAAAUUCUAUUUUUGUAAGCAUAUUUCUAUAAAAAAAAAGGUAUACUAACGAUAUGGCAAAAUUUAUUAUUCCUAGUGUGAAACGAAAAUUGAACGUUUAGAUUUCGUUAGUAUAGUGUAAAAAAAAACGAUGUCUAGGUCCUAUUCGUGUACUUAAAGGGGAAAAAGUAAAAAAAAAAUUAUAUGUCGGUGCGAGGUAGGUUGUAAAAUUGUACAUAAAUUGCGAAGAGGAGACGCUGAGAUAUGCCACCGAGUUCAAUUGUGCGCAACGCGAUUUUGGAAAGAGACAAAAAAAAAAAAAAUCUCUCAAAAAAAAAAUCAAACCAACAUUCCUGCAUUAUCUCCGCACUGCCGUGUCUCGUCUUAUUACGAUCGCUCUCAUUUUAUUCGUUUUUAAAAUCAAAAAAAAUAGAUUAAAAAAAAAACAUUUCCUUACUUUUUUUUCUUCCCUCUAUUUUUCGAAUAAAAUGAAAUUGAUCAAAUUUUUUCUCCUUCUAUUGACGAGCGGCUUAUUUUGUAAACGAUCAUCUCCAGUUUUAAUAUUAAUAAAAAGAAAAAUUUUCCAAUAUUAAUACUACAACUCGAGACAAUCACUCAUAUAAUAGAAUUCUUCGGGAAAAAAAGGUGAUAAUAAAAAAAAUAAUAAAAAAAAAAAAAAAAAAAAAAAAAAAAAAUGGACGGCGUAGUGAGAUCAGUAAAAAAAAUUUAUUUUGUUCAGCAUUCACGAUGUUUAUUAUAUUUCAUGUUUGUACAUGUUUGUGUGCCAGUGUGUAACAACUGGCCUCUACUUGGGCCUCUGUACAUACUCACGCACGAAAAAAAAAAAAAAUAAUAAAAAAAAGGCCACUCUAUAAAUACACACGAAGUGCUACACCUAGAGUGCAAGAGAAAGAGAAUGAAAGAGCGAUAGAGAGAGAGAGAGAGAGAAAGAGAGAGAGAGAAAAUAAUAAUAAAAAAAAAAACCAAGAUAAAAGAUGAAAAAAAAGAGGCUAGGCGACACACAAGAGUAUCAUGACAAAUGCAAGUGACACCCCCACGAUACAUGUACACACACAAUCACACAUAAUUUCCAUUAUAGACACUGUCACACAUGCGAUAUUACACACAAUAUUAAUAUAUAUAUACGACUCCAUAGAUGAUGGCGCGGCACACUCACAUAGUGUCUCUCGGAUUGUUCCACAAAACUUUUCAUUCAAGUUUGCUUCAAGAAACCUUCUGUUUUCUAAUGUAUGACGUGUUGUUGUCGAUAUAUAAAAUAAACUUAAUAAAAAAAUAAA